CUUGAAUCCAUCAACCAGCGAAUGACCAUAAAUUUCCCCAUCGUCUCUAAUUAUGCUUCUCACUGGGGUCCUAUCGAGGCAUUUCGCGAGCUUGUCCAGAAUUGGAGAGAUGGGAUCAUUAAGUCUUUCGAGAUAGCUGAGGACAGCUUUCGUGUUACAUGCACGGAGAGUGAUGCCGGAAUCAUAUUCAAAGUUUACAGAACUAAGCAUUCCGAUCCAAAUCAAACCAAAAUACCAGAAUGCUUGGGAUACAUUAGAUGGUUUAAGCAAAAUGGAUUCGGUAUCGUGGAGGUCACGAAUAGAAAAGCUACACUCCAGCCCUGGCAUCUUGAUAUGGGAGGAACAAGUAAGCAGAAUGUUAAAAACCAAGCGGGGGCACACGGAGAAGGCCUCAAAGUUGCUCUUCUAGUUCUCCUACGAAAUCCUCAGAAUCAUGCGGUCCGGUGUCGCUCUGGAGGGUUUUCAUGGACCUUCAACUUUACUAAUCAGCGGAGACUCGUUGCCAGUCUUACAAGGAUGACACCUACCGCAAUCAAAAAGGCACAUGAUCAAGCAAAUAGUGACGUGAAAAAUAACCUAGUACCCGUUAGAGCUUUACCCAGUGAAGAUGUACAGUUUUUCAUUGGCGGUAAUGGGACUGGCCGGGAUGAGAAUGGGGUCCCAAUAAGGAGGAACGAAGUCACAAAAGAACAGUUCAUGAAUUGGACCAAAGCGGCCCUUUUCCUACAGAGUGUCAAUGACAACAAGAUUGUGAAGACGGAAAGGGGCGACUUAAUCCUAGACGCUCGAUUUAGCGGAAGUAUCUACCUAAAGGGUCUACUGCUAAAAGAGUCGAAGAAUGGUAGAUCCGCUAGCAUUACCGGGAAAAAGCUGCAGUACGGAUAUAAUUUUGCAGAUGGAGUUGCGAACCGCGAGAGAGAGUUCCUAACCCAUGCCGAUGACGAAUUGAUGGCUAUUCUACGCAUAUGGAGCCGGGCCUUCAUUCUUCAAGACAGCAUGGUCGCGAAGUUCCAUGAACUCCUUAACUCCGAGAAGCCAGAAUAUGCGGAUGUCUCGCAGGCGGAAUAUUCUAUCUUCCCAGAUAUGAGAGAUUGUAUUAAGGCAUUCCUCCUUAGGGAGUUCAAGGACAAGUGGCUCUAUUCGGCUAAAGAGAGAAGUCAGAACACACGGUUUGACCAGAUUGUCCAAGGCUUGCGCCGCGAGGCUCUAGAGGUAAAAGACUCAUACUGGACCAUUCUAAAGGAAUGCGGAUUCAGAACAGCAGAAGAGGAGGAAAAGAAGCAAUUCCUAGCAGCCGAACCUACCGCCAUUCCAGAUACAGGCUUCGCCCAGUCCGUUCAUCGACUGAUCCGAGCUGGCCUCGACUCAUGCCCUCAGACCGCUAAUAUAUCUGUGGUUUUCGUUAAGGCUGGCAGCGUGGGACUAGACUCCUUCUACUCAUCCUCACAGGGAUUAUUCAAGGUGCACGAGAAGUGGUUGACAAUAAAAGGGGCAAGGGAUGAGUUGGGAAUUUCCAGCAGAAUUCUGGAGUCCUCUCUUUUGUUCAAUACUGCCAAGCGCCUCUUUGCCGAUGCAGUUACCCAAGUACCGACGCACGUGUUUCACGAAGGAAAUCGUUCUCGGUAUUGGUAUCGAAAGCAAGCGAUCAGCCAAGGUGACCAGAGAAUUCUGGAGUGCACCCAAAUCAAGCAGGAUUUACGGUAUAGGGUGAGACGCAAUGAGGACUCAGACACACUCGUGGUCAAGUGGAAUCCUGGUACUGGGUGGCUGCCAGAAACUUCGAUCCAUGUUCAUUUUCAUCUGGAGUCGACCUGUUCACAUCUCAAAGACUGUCUUACGGCGAGAAAAGUUCACUUGGGGAUGGAAUGUUUCAACCGAUCUGACCAUGCGCAGGGUCCAAUUGACACUUGUAUAGCGAUGACAACUUCAUUCAGAUCUGGGUCCUGUGAGUUGGAAGUGAAGAAAGGAGAACAGUACUUUAUGAUAUUAUCGAACCAUUCAGACCCGAGCUCAUUCCUCAUACACUCCAAUAAGCCGUCUGCCAUAGAGGAAGUGAAUAGUCUACUAUCAACUAACCUAUACCAAGCGCUGAUAAUGCAUCUAUAGUACUUAAGGAUCCGAUCGGCUCCCUGGAUAUGUUGGCUCCUCGAGAUUGGUUCACUAGCACCAACCUCAUCGGGACCGAAGCAGUCAUCGGUAUCGCACAGGGCGAUACUUUUCAGGUUAUGUCGCCAUCGACGUCUAUCGUCACGCCAACACGUAAUUGGCAACGGGUCGACGGCUACAGUAAUGGCUCUCCCCGGCGCGUUAGGAGAAGACUCUUUUAAUCAUGACCGCGGCCGACGCCGUUCUUGAAUUCACAACUGUUGGUGAUAGCAAGAAAAUGCUGAGGAUCUAACUCGAGAGCUGCUAAAUGGCGAGUAUAUCAUAUGCACAGCCGAUAUUAUGCCUUCUACGACAGAUAACAAGCUGCGAAAUGAUAGAGGAACUAUAUGUAAAUAUGUAGAGGCAUUUUAUAGUCAGACCACAUAGCGAACAAAUUGAUAGGGGAUGACGAGAUGAAGA